AUGGCCGGCUACAACGGGCGUCGCAUGCCCAACUUCUCGCAAUACCUCGAUGAUUUGAAUGCGAUCCCUUCGCCGUACGACCAGGCCCUGCAGCAGCAACAGCAGCAGCAGGCUACUUUCAACGAUGAGGAUCUAGCUUUGUUCACCAACACAGAGUUCUUCGAGUUCGACAAGUUCACCGAUUUCGGCUUGCCUCCAUUCCCCUCUGACGAUGACAAGACACACGAUGUGGUCGACCAAGCCACGCAAAACGCGGAUUUGAAGUUCUUGGAUUUCCUAAAUACCGAGGGUCUCAGUGCCUUGCCCAACUACGAUCACGACUUGAGCGGGGCCAAUGCCCAGGUGCCUAUGCACAAUGCGCACUUCCCGGCUGCUCCGUCUCUUCCCAGCGGGCAUGUGACGUCGAACCAGGCUCCCAUUCAGACUGCGCCAUUCAGCGCUACCCCUAAGGUGGCUCCGGCCCCUCCCACCACUUCUAUGUCGCCUCCCGCCCCGGUCACCGGCACCAAGCGCAAGAGCUCCGCAAAGUCGAUCCAGGAGAACGCCGAGGAGGCUAGCCGCCAGAUGGCUGAGGAGGACAAGCGCCGCCGUAACACUGCCGCCAGUGCUCGCUUCCGUGUGAAGAAGAAGCAACGUGAGGCUGCCCUGGAGCAGACCGUCAAGGAGACCACCGAAAAGAACGAGAUCCUCGAGGCCCGCGUGUCUCAACUCGAGCUGGAGAACCACUGGCUCCGUGGUCUAAUCAUGGAGAAGAACGGUGCGGAUGAGCAGUCCGAGCAAGACAUCUCCGAUAUGUUCAAGAAGUUCCUGGCCUCACAGAAGCCCGAUGGUUCAAGUACUCUUGACCUGAAGCACGGUGUGGGGACUGCUGCUUAA